AUGCCACCAGUGUUUCCCAUGUUAACAGUUCUGAGCAUGUUUUACUAUAUGUGCCUUCGGCGCCGAGCUAGGACAGCGACGAGAGGAGAAAUGAACAGCCGGAGGGCUAUUGAAUCAAACACCCGAGCCUUACCUAUCAACGUCGAAAUAGUUCAGUAUGCCAAAGAAGUGUUGGAUUUCAGCUCUCACUACGGUAGUGAGAACAGCAUGUCGUAUACCAUGUGGAAUUUAGCAGGCAUUCCAAAUGUGUACCCUAGUUCUGGUGACUUUACUCAGACCGCCGUCUUUCGAACUUACGGGACCUGGUGGGAUCGUUGCCCUAGCGCCCGGCUGCCAUUCAAGAGGACGCCACCCACCUUCUGUAGCCAGGACUACGUGGAACUCGCUUUUGAGGAACCGGUUUAUCCCACUGCAGUGCACAUUCUGGAAACGUAUCAUCCUGGAGCUGUAGUCAGGAUUUUGGCAUGCUCUGCAAAUCCUUACUCUCAAAAUCCACCAGCUGAAGUAAG